AACACUUAGGUCUUUAUUGGACCAGGGAUCACAGGCCUCGUUCGUGACGGAGUCUGCAGUCCAAUUACUUGGGCUGAAGAAAGUAGCAAGCAGAAGUGUUAUAACUGGGGUAGGGAGUGAUUGUAACUCAUCAGUCAACUCUAAACAUGUAGUUAAUAUCAAACUGCAAUCUAUCUACGAUCCGAACUUCACAAUUACGGUGAAAGCUCACGUUCUUACCAAACUUACCACAUUUCUUCCUGAACGACGGGUUGAUUUGAAACUUUGGUCACACAUGCCUGAAAUGAAGUUGGCUGAUCCAAAGUUUAAUGUUCCAAACAAAAUAGACUUGCUGUUAGGUGCAGAGGUGUAUUGUCAGAUAUUAUCUGAGGGACUAGUUAAGGGUCCAAUAGGGUGUCCUAUAGCUCAAAACACCAGACUCGGCUGGAUAUUAUCUGGUCAAGUAUCUGAAAGUAGUAAAACUGAACUAAGCUGUAGAAACGUCAUAACAACAUUACACACUCAAGUUGUUGAAGAAGAGUUUGAUCUUAAACGCUUUUGGGAAAUAGAAUCUGAUCAGUGUCUUCUCAAUAAACCUCACCACACACCUGAAGAACAAAAAUGCGAAGAAUUUUUCAAACAAACAACCACAAGAGACCCUUCUGGACGUUAUAUCGUAAAACUGCCAUUUAAAGAAGAAAAUCCGAACUGUAAAUCAGGCAACUCGCGAGAAAUAGCUGUAAGCAGAUUUUUAAUGCAAGAAAGACGAUUAGCAAAAUCACCAAAUCUCAAGGAUCUCUAUUCCGAUGUUAUUGCAGAGUAUCUGGAGCUGGGUCACAUGGAAAAAGUACCAAACGACGAGAUCGACAAAUCAGAAAGUGUGUACUUACCUCAUCACGCAGUAGUGAAGCUCAACAGAACAACAACCAAACUGAGAGUGGUUUUUGACGCUUCAUGUCGAGACAAGAACGGUGUAUCUCUCAACAGCGAAUUGUUGGUAGGCCCAAGGCUUCAAUCGGAUCUUCGUCAUUUGGCGAUGAGGUGGAGACUGCAUCCUAUUUGCUUGGUGGCUGAUAUAGUCAAAAUGUAUCGCCAAAUAAAAGUAGCUAACGAAGAUGUAGAUUAUCAACGAUUAGUCUGGCGAUCCAAGCCGCAAGAAGAUAUCGAACAUCUGCGAUUGUUGCGAGUCACCUUUGGCACUGCCUCAGCCCCAUAUCUUGCAGUCAGAGCACUGCAUCAAGUCGCGUAUGAUGAAGGUAAACAGUUUCCAUUGGCAGCUGAAAGAGUCCUAAAUGAUUUUUAUGUGGAUGAUCUACUUACUGGAUGUGACACAGUUCUGGAAGGAAAACAAAUAUUUCAACAAAUGAAUGAGUUACUAAGCAAAGGGGGAUUUGAACUUCAAAAAUGGUCAAGCAAUAAUGAAACACUGUUGAACGAAAUAAGCAAGGAUUCAGAAAAAACAACAAGCAAUUUGGAACUCAAAGUAGAUGAAAUUAUCAAAAUUCUUGGACUUACCUGGAACCGACGAACUGACGUCUUCGAAUACUCCGUGCAGCUACCACCUAUCAGUGAACCUGUAACAAAGAGAAAAGUUAUUUCAGAUAUUUCAAAGUUGUAUGACCCUUUGGGAUGGCUUGCUCCAGUCAUCGUAAAAGCAAAAAUGUUCAUACAAAAGCUAUGGUUAGCAGGAAUCGGUUGGGAUGAGGAGUUACCAGCAAAGCUUUUUAAAGAUUGGAGUACUUACCGAGGUGAACUUACUGCACUUACUCAAUUUCGUCUGCCGCGCUGGAUUGGUACGAAUUCAAAGUGUAUCACAGUUGAGUUACACGGCUUCAGCGACGCUUCGUCUGAUGCAUAUGCUGCUGUAGUCUAUGCGCGCGUGGUAGAUGAAGCUGGAAAUGUUAUGGUCACUCUUAUCACCUGCAAAACAAAAGUAGCUCCAAUAAAGCAAAUUUCCAUCCCGAAGCUUGAGUUGUGCGGCGCUGUUCUACUAGCGAAGUUGUUAAAGGAAGUCUCAGAAAUUUUGAAGGUACCAAAGUCAAACUUACAUGCAUGGACGGACUCAACGAUCGUUUUAGCUUGGCUGAGCAGUCAUCCAAGUCGCUGGAAGACGUUCAUAGCAAAUCGAGUGUCAGAGAUUUUAGCUAUUUUAGACCGAGAACAGUGGUCACAUGUGGUAUCCUCUGAUAACCCUGCAGAUUGCGCUUCCCGUGGAGUCAACCCAUCUGAAUAUGAUACACUUCCUCUCUGGAAAAGUGGACCUGCAUGGUUAAAAAACAUAACCAUAGAACACGACAGAACGGACAUAAAGGACACGAACCUAGAAGAGAAAGAAAAGAAAGCUUACCAUGAAUCGACAAAACAUCAUCUGAAGCGAGUGAUCGGCACAGCAACCCUUACCUAUGAAGAAAUAUCUACGUUGUUAUACCAAAUUGAAGCGUGUCUUAACUCAAGGCCGUUAUCACAGAUCAGUACCAAUUCACAAGAUCCAACACCUCUCACACCAGGUCAUUUUAUCAUCGGUGAACCUUUAGUACUUGUGCCCGAUAACAAUUAUGAAACGUCAACAAUAUCAUCUUUGAAACGCUGGCAGAUAACUCAACAAAUGCUCCAGGUCUUUUGGCGUAGGUGGUCUAACGAAUAUUUAACUCAGUUUUUGCAACGGUACAAAUGGGCAAAUAAAACACCAGAGCCUAGAAUCGGGGAUGUAGUUUUAGUUAAAGAAGACGAUCUUCCUCCUGCGAAGUGGUUAAUGGGCAUAAUUACCGAAAAGCACAAAGGUUUGGACAACCUUACGAGAGUUGUUAGUAUAAAAUGUAGAGAUACCAUUAUUAAAAGGCCUGUUGUAAAAUUGUGUGUUUUGCCAGUGGCUGAAUAGAGCUAUUUUAUUUUUUAUAUCAUGUUUAAGUAAUGAGUUUUGUUGUUUUCAUUUUGUUUAACCACUUUUGUGAACAAGUAAGUUAAGUUGUUAAGUUAUCUUAUAACAAUAUUUUUGUAUACCUAUGCAUUUAUAAGGUUAAACUCUAACUAUUGUUUUGUUAUCACCAUGAUUUAACCAAUUUAAAUUUCUUAUAAUGUUUUGUUUUUACCUAACUAUACAGUCCACUCUUUCGUUGGUGGUUAAUCAUGGUGGGCGGAAUUAUGACCAUUCCGGUCAUGGUGGGCGGAAUGUUUAAUACCAUAAAGUAAUAAAAAAGAAGAAAUUGUCAUGUCAUCAACAGUGUCACGGGAGAAUUGUUUUUUGUGAAACUAAAGCAAAAUAAAGGAUAUUUUAUCA